GAGGAGCGACGCGGCCAUGGACGACGAGGAGGAGACUUAUCGGCUGUGGAAAAUCCGCAAAACUAUUAUGCAGCUGUGCCAUGACCGUGGCUAUCUGGUGACACAGGAUGAACUGGACCAGACGCUGGAAGAGUUCAAAGCCCAGUUUGGGGACAAACCAAGUGAAGGGCGGCCGCGGCGCACAGACCUCACGGUGCUGGUGGCCCACAAUGAUGACCCCACUGAUCAGAUGUUCGUCUUCUUCCCAGAGGAGCCCAAGGUGGGCAUCAAGACCAUCAAAGUGUACUGCCAGCGCAUGCAGGAGGAGAACAUCACCCGUGCCCUCAUUGUGGUGCAGCAGGGCAUGACGCCCUCUGCCAAGCAGUCCCUGGUCGACAUGGCCCCCAAAUACAUCCUGGAGCAGUUCCUGCAGCAGGAGCUGCUCAUCAACAUCACGGAGCAUGAGCUGGUGCCUGAGCAUGUCGUCAUGACCAAGGAGGAGGUGACAGAGCUGCUGGCCCGAUAUAAGCUCCGGGAGAACCAGCUGCCCAGGAUCCAGGCUGGGGACCCGGUGGCACGAUACUUCGGGAUAAAACGCGGCCAGGUGGUGAAGAUCAUCCGGCCUAGCGAGACAGCUGGCAGGUACAUCACCUACCGGCUCGUGCAGUGA